AUGGCAUACAGGGAACUACAUGCGAAGCUGUACAGCAAGAAGGGACAAUCAAUGGCCAUACGGAUAGCAAAGAGAAGGGACAAGAACUCGGCGGAUGUGAGGCAGAUCAAGGUGAUUAAGGAUGAGGAUGGCCGGACCCUCACUAAUGAUGUAGAGAUUAAGGAUGGGUGGAGGGCAUACUUCAAGAAACUGUUAAAUGAGGAAAAUCCCAGAGAAGAAAGAAUAGUGCCACCGGGAAAUGAGGGGAUAGUACGAGAGUCACUAGGGAUCUGGGGGCGAGUGAUAGACACGAGGCUGAGGACAAUGGUGCAUGUAGGAGAAGAGCAGUUUGGCUUCAUGCCAAACAGGAGCACCACAGACGCUAUCUUCAUUCUGAGGCAGAUGAUAGAGAAACACAGGGAAAGACAGGAGAACCUGCACUGCACCUUCAUAGAUCUUGAGAAGGCGUAUGAUUGGGUGCCUCGGGAAGAACUGUGGGCGUGCAUGAGAGAGGCGUAG